UAAUGUGAAAGUCCUUGGCAUUAAAUUGAUCCAUUCAUUGUAACAAUUGAUUGAUUAGAAAUAAAGUUAUAUGCCUUUUUAAGUUACUAUGUCCUUAUGUGACAAGACUUUUGUCAAUGACUGUACUGUCAUUCUCAUGGUAACAGCACAUCUCAUGCAGUCAAGUGGUUCAUCCACUGGACCAUGAAGUCUAAAUUAGACGUACAGUUCAAAUGAAAUCAGCUAAUAGAUUGUGACCCCAGUAGUGUUAUUGCUUGGGUGUUGGGGGUGUGUUUUACAGUUAUUUUUAUGUUGACAGUCAGAACAAGCCCUGGGCAUGCCACAUUAAACUCGUGGAUAUGGUUCAUGUGUUUACAGCAAGCUGGUCACCACUCCCUUCUCUGGACUCCAGGCAAACAUAAAACAAUUCUCAAAUCCGCUUUAUAAAUAUAAAAAAACAUGGCUGAAAACAGAGAAUGGGGGAAGUGAGUCUCGCGAACUGUGUCUGACCCCAGGGUCCAUGACUACAGGAGCUGUGCGGUCUUUAGGUGGAAAACGCUGGCGGGUCCCACGUGAGGAGAGUCUAAAUGAGUUUGGGUGCCCAGAACACCCCAUUCAGGGGAUAAGCUUGUUCAUAAGUUACCGUGUGCUUGUGAAGAGUUUACUGCUCUCUGUGUCUCCCAGCCACAUGUCAGAGACUUUUAGAAGAGACCUGCCCCAGGCAGGUCGCCCACUUCUAAAAAAACAAGAGGAAAUCCCAGGGUGGAUGAGCAACACAAUGGCGCAGGACGGAAUAGGCAUGACAGUGAUUUUUACGGUGUUACGUCAGGGAACUACAGGGACUGGCAUCAUCGCAACCUCAGAAGUGAGGGGAUGUACAGGGGGUUUGAUCCAUAGCCCAUGGUCCGGUCGGGCCCUGAGGAGGGAACGUCCUGCAGGGGGCGUAUCCACUCUCCACACCGCUCCAUUGGUGGUCACAGCUCUGGCUCCCAGUAUGCACUCUGCACUCUGGGAGUGGGCCUCGUCGCCUUGGGUGUGGUCAUGAUCGUGUGGACUGUGGUGCCCAUAGAGCCUGUCUACAAUGUAUCAAACAACAAGCCUUUGGACAGCAACCAGGACUCACGAGGGAAGACCUCAUCGGUAGCCUUCGUGUUGUUGGCCGUGGGUCUAGCCAUGCUGUUUCUCGCCGUCUGUCUAGCUCUGAGGAACAAGCGGCGCCAGAGGCUCCGGGAUCCUCAUGAGACAAACUCCCGCUUCCCGAGGCCAACUGAGGGAGCAGCAGAUGCGAUGGAGGAGGCCCCGAGCUACGAUGUGCCCAGUUACGAGGAGGCUGUGGGCAGUGGGCAGUACCCAGUACGGCAGAGCAACCUUCGAAUGAGCUCCUCCCAGCUGCCGUCCUAUGAGGACCUAGUGGAGGCCGUCCAGAAUGAGGCCAUGCUCCAGGAGGCUCCUGGCCCCGCCCCCAUCCCAGGCCCCGCCCCCGUCCCAGGCCCUGCCCCCGUCCCUGCCGCAGCUCGCCGCAGUGGUCGUUCCAGCCGGCUCCUGCGCCCCCUACUGGCUCGGCGGGUCAAGUCUGAGAAACUAAGCCGAGAAAUGCACCUCAACAUCCAGAGCUUACCGCCGGGGGGGCAGGGGACCAUCGAGCCUCUGACCCCCCCUCCACAGUAUGAGGAGAAGAUGCCCGAGCUUUGAGAGGCCUCGAUCAGCCCUCCUCCCCCGUAUAAGCAGACACCAUCCUGGAGGGUGUCUCUGUCACAAUGUGAGAUUGAAUGUGUUCCCCAAGACCCCCAGAGUGAGUAGCCAGCCCUGACAUGCAUGAUGCUCUGACGAUUUCUGGCACACCAGUAGUUGGGGCAGAUCCCAGCAAAAUCAUUUCAGAUGAUAGAAAGAACUGAACAAGACCGGACUGAGCUUCCCAAACAGAGCGUCCUGGCUCAGCCUUUUUGUCACAUUUCUUCAUGAUGUAAGAUGCUGUGAAGCGGCUUCUUGUCGCCCCUCGUGUUUAACGUUACAGGUGCCCGUGAACCCCAGGAGAGGCUCAUCUGGCAGACCGAAGACUCUAGGGUGCCGUUUGAGCCGGCGUGCAGCCGACUGCACUUCCUGUGCUGUCCGUCUCGUGUUCUCAGGAUAACUGAUUGUCGUUAUGACUCGUCCGUUUUCCCUGACAUCGUGGGGGCUGGCGAGCGGCCACAGAGGGUUAGGGUUGUGGGUUUGGGGGUUAACAGAACAAGCUUCGUCGGCAGGGACCUGGUUUCUCACAGAUGCAGGGAUGCUGUGAAAGGGACCACGGCGUAUGCCGUGUCUGCGUGGCCGUGAUCCGAACACCGGCUUCGGACCAGGGUCAGGCAGCCCGGUGUCCUCAAAGUGAGAACCACGCUCCACUGUCAGUAUAAAAUAAAAAUUGUGGGUGCUUCUACUGAUGCUGAUAUCUCACUUUGGCAAAUGUUAUGUUCUAUCUGGCUAAUAUUAUGUUGUCUUAACGUUCAGAACCACAGCAGGUUGUUCAGCAUGAGGCGUAGAUUUUAAGUGUGAUGGAGUGUAAUUGUGCAUAUGCUCUGGUUAAGGUACUUAGACAGUGUGUUGUGAUAUAUCUCUACAGUGAAUCGCCUUGGAUGACUAAUCCUGGAACUUGUCUGAUAUUUUUUUCGAAGGGCUGGGGUGUACAGCAUAUUUGAUUAAUGAUGCAAAUCGCUAGGCAACUGAUGUAUUUAUUUUCUAGAAACUGUUUAUUAAAAAAGAUUUCUCUGGAAUAAAAGGAGAAUAGUC